AUAAAUUCAUCCUGAUAAACUGAUAAAAAAUUAUUGAUACUUCUUACAAUUAUAUUAAAACUAUAGAAAAUUAAUGUUAAUAACUCAUCAUUUAUAUUUUUUAGGGGUUUAUUAUAAUUUUUAAAUGUCACUAUGUGGUAUAUUUACUAUGCACUUGUAUCUUUAACAACAGUAAACUCAAUUGUCCUACCUACAAUAUAUUGGGAUCCUCGAAACCCCAUAUUUUCCUGUGAAGUUACCAUUCGGGCAAGGCUUUACGAUACUUUAACUUUAGCAUGUCCAACUGGUGAUCUACCUUAUCAAAAUUUGUUACUUGAUAAUAAUCAACUAAAAGAGAAUGCUUACUUCCUUGGUACUAAUGAGCGAAAGUUCAAUGAAUGUGAUGCAACAGGUUCAAAUCGACUGCUUUAUUGUAGUUAUACAAAAGAUGAAAAACCAAUCUAUCCAUUUUUUUUUAAGAAAGAUUCUGGUGAUUCUGCAGUAUUAUCUUUUGAACCUGGCAAAACUCACUAUAUUAUUGGAACUGGGUUUCGAGAUGCAAAAAAUCUUGACCAGUUAAUAAAUGGAAGCUGUAACACUGUUGAAGGUGGAGAUGUUAAAAGAUACCAUUUGCGUCUAAAGAUUUAUAUUUGUACUAAUGAAGAGAUAAUUUCAAAUAAAUGUGGCGAAUGUAGAUAUGCUGGAUGCUAUUUUAAGAAUUGUGAAAACUGUUCAGAGUGGAAAAUUGAUAGAAAUGUUGAACAAAAAACAAAUACAAGUCGAUUAUGCUUUUUAUUAGAGUCUCAAACAUGUAGCAAUCCUUUUCUUUCAUCAAAUGACGAGCGUAGAUAUCGUCUAGUAAAUGUAUCUUGCUCCACCCCAACCCCAACUACAGCUCCUCUUAUAGAAUCAACAAGCGUCUCCAGUCUCCAUUAUAAUACUACAUCAGUUUUUACUGAACCAACUGUAGUUGCUGUUCAAAAGCCGCCUGCUGAAAAUGCUGGUACUACAACCUAUGUAGUAUUAGUUGUGUCGUCAUUAGUUGCUUUGGUUAUUGGUAUUGGAAUUGGUGCUCUAGGCUUUAAAAAAAUUCACAAGAAAAAGUGUAAUGCAGUUGAUAGUUUCAAUAAAAUUUGCUAUGAAAAGAAAACAGCUCAAAAGUCUGAUCAAUGUUUUGUAAGCUGCAAUGCAACGGCAAGUUAAUCUAAUAUUUACAAAUGUUGUGAAGGUAAAUAUAAAAAUAAAAUUGUGAAAAUAUUUUUAUGACGUAUUUUUUUUUUUUUUUUUUUUUUUUUGUGACGUUUUGGAUU